GGCAGCAGGAAGCCAAGCAGAACCCUAAAGUGCUAAGGCAGAGAGAGGAGAGACAGAAGAGAUAAGAGGCUGAAGAGGGUUAACAUCAGCCUCCAAGUUAGCUUCCAAUUCUUGGUGAAACUCCCAGAGGGAGACUGACAAAUCAUGAAGUUAAUUGCCAUCAUUUUCCUUUGUUCCAGGCUGUUAACAAGUUUCGCCCACCAGGACCAACCACAAGUAGUUGACUGCAAUGAUGAGGAUGUAUUUAAGGCUGUGGAUGCAGCUCUGAAGAAAUACAAUAAUGGAAGAAAAAGUGGCAAUCAGUUUGUAUUGUACCGCAUAACCGAAGUCAUCAAGACGGGAGACCGGAACAUAUUUUAUUCUGUCAAGUACGAAAUCAAGGAGGGCGACUGUCCUGCUCAAAGUGGCAAAACCUGGCAAGACUGUGACUACAAAGAACCUGAGCAGGCUGCUACAGGAGAAUGCAUGGCGACCAUAGUGAAGAAAGGGAAAAUGGAAUUCUCCGUGACUACCCAGACCUGCCACAUUACUCCAGCUGAAGGCCCUGUGGUGACCUCCCAGUAUGACUGCUACGGCUGCCUGUACACCAUAUCGACUAUCCCCCCGGACUUCAACCCUGUUCUGAGACAUGCCAUUGAACAUUUUAACAACCACACUAAUCAUUCCCACCUCUUUGCUCUUAAGGAUGUAAAAAGGGCACAGAGAGAGGUGGUGUCUGGAUCAAACUAUGAAGUUACUUACUUAAUUCAGCAGACUAAUUGUUCCAAGGAGAAUUUUCCAUCCUUAACCCAAGACUGCAAGGCCCUCUCCAAAGGUGUAAGUAGGCAAAAAUGA